AUGGCCAACUCUCCCAGUAUGGCUACGGCUAUGGAGCGGAAUAUUGAUGUCUAUGCGACUCGGUUGGCGGAUGUGACUAUUGAAACUAAGACGAGGACGAAUAUCGCGAUCGAGCUGCGCGACUCACUAGAGCAGCUAUGUUCUGGUCCCAGUUACACCAUCUUUCUGGCGAAGCUUUGGCCGGUGUUCAAGAAGAUACUCAAGGGCGAGCCGGUCUUUGUUAGUUUAUCUUAUGAACAGAAACUGCGCAACUGCGUCCUCGAAAUCCUCCAUCGACUCCCAUUAGACCUACCUGAUGUCGAACCAUAUGCCGGUGAUAUGGUCGAUCUCCUACUAGAGCUCGUUCGAAUUGAGAAUGAGGACAAUGCGGUCCUUUGUAUGAAAACAAUCAUGGAUCUGGAACGACGGCAGGCCAAAGCUACACAGACGAGAGUCAAACCCUUCCUGGAACUUAUCCAGGAGAUGUUUGAGACAAUGGAACAGGUCGUUCGGGAUACCUUCGAUAGCCCAGCGUCAGGAGCGCAAGGCAUGCCAUCAACUCCUGGCGGGUCAUCGCAGAAUUUUCAAUCCCCACGGCCCAGCUCCCCAGCCACCUCAGUCUCUGAUCUCGUCCCCGAUCAACAAUCGAACCAGCAGUUGUUGAGAGGCAUGCAGUCGUUUAAAGUCCUGGCAGAGUGUCCGAUCAUUGUCGUGUCGAUAUUUCAAGCACAUCGUAGUGUCGUUUCCACCAGCGUCAAGGUCUUCGUGCCACUAAUCAAAGGCAUUCUACUCCUACAGGCGAAACCGCAAGAAAAGGCACAUGCGGAGGCUGCGGCUCAGGGGAUGAUUUUCACUGGCGUGUGCAAGGAGAUCAAGAACAGAGCGGCCUUUGGCGAGUUUAUCACUGCGCAAGUGAAGACGAUGAGCUUUCUCGCUUAUCUGCUUCGGAUGUAUGCGAACCAGCUGCAGGAUUUCCUUCCGUCCCUUCCAGGUGUCGUUGUGCGACUUUUGCAGGAUUGCCCGCGUGAGAAAUCAAGUUCUCGAAAGGAAUUACUAGUCGCCAUACGUCAUAUCAUCAAUUUCAAUUACCGCAAGAUCUUCCUAGAUAAGAUUGAUGAGCUCCUCCAAGCGAUGCGGCCACUGGCGUACAGCAUGCUUGCUGACCUCAUACAUCAUGUCCGCGAGUCUCUCAAUCGCGAUCAGAUUCGUCGGACAGUGGAGGUUUAUACGAAGAAUCUUCACGACGAAUUCCCCGGCACCAGUUUCCAGACCAUGAGCGCCAAGUUGCUGUUGAAUAUGGCUGAGCGAAUAGCGAAACUUCAAGAUAAGCAGGAUGCGAGAUAUUUCUUGGUGAUGAUUUUAGAUGCUAUUGGAGAUAAAUUUGCGGCCAUGAAUCACCAGUUUGAUAACGCGGUCAAGCUGUCACGGGCAUCGAAGCUACAGGCAGAGAACACGAAGGAAUCUUACCUCGCGGAAAACGAUAACCCACCGGACUGGGAUGAAAUCGAUAUCUUUUCCGCGGCCCCCGUAAAGACUUCAAAUCCGCGAGAGCGCAAUGCCGAUCCCGUUGCAGAUAAUAAAUUCCUUUUUAACAAUCUCGUGAAGGGGCUGAAGAGUUUAUUUUAUACGCUGAAAGCAACUAAUCCGGAUAACAUGAACAUCGACGAAACCAUUGUUCCCCCCAAUUGGCCCGAGGUGUCUUUUGGUUACAAGGCGGAGGAGGUGCAUGUGAUCAAGAAGCUCUUCCACGAGGGGGCUAAAGUUUUCAAGUAUUACGGAAUUGAUCAGCCCGAACCUGAGGUGCAAUACACUUCUCCCCUGGAAUUCCUUGCUAGCCAGUAUAUGCAGCAGAUGGGUAAAGAGGAGAAGGAGCUUCUAGAAACCUUUGGCACCAUUUUCCAUUGCAUCGACACCGCCACGUUCCAUGAGGUUUUCGAUACUGAGAUUCCAUACCUUCAUGAGCUUAUGUUUCAGCAUUCUUCGUUGUUGCAUCUGCCACAGUUCUUCCUCGCAAGUGAAGCGACAUCUCCAGCCUUCGCGGGGAUGGUACUGCAAUACCUCAUGGAUCGAAUUCAUGAAGUGGGUACUUCGGAUGUGUCCAAAUCAAGGAUUCUGCUGCGGAUGUUUAAGCUGUCAUUCAUGGCAGUCACACUUUUCUCCUCACAGAACGAGCAGGUUUUGCACCCCCACCUCACCAAAAUCGUCACCAAGUGUAUAGAGCUCUCCGUUACCGCUGAGGAACCGAUGAAUUAUUUCCUCCUCCUCCGUUCGCUGUUCCGAAGUAUAGGUGGAGGCAGAUUUGAACUCCUUUACAAGGAAAUCCUACCACUUCUUGAGAUGCUUCUUGAGACCUUUAAUAACCUUCUCCUGAGCGCCCGGAAACCACAAGAACGGGAUCUUUACGUCGAACUCACUUUAACAGUCCCAGCCCGUCUUAGCCAUCUACUUCCCCAUCUUAGUCACCUAAUGCGUCCCAUUGUCGUUGCACUUCGGGCUAGCUCCGAACUCGUUGGUCAAGGUCUCCGCACUCUCGAGCUUUGUGUUGACAACUUGACUGCAGCGUAUCUAGACCCCAUAAUGGCGCCGAUCGUAGAUGAACUGAUGACGGCUCUUUGGGACCAUCUUCGUCCAAACCCUUAUAGCCAUUUCCACGCACAUACUACCAUGCGAAUCCUGGGGAAACUUGGUGGCCGCAAUCGGAAAUUCCUCAACCAUCCGCCAGAAUUGUCGUUUCAGCAGUUUGCUGAUGAUAUUCCUAGUAUAGAUAUUAAACUCAUCGGAGGUUCAAGCAAGGAGCGUGCUUUUCCGUUGGAUAUUGGGAUCGAUUUGGCACUUGGGAAGUUGCUUGAAGUACCCAGGACGCCGGCGGCGAAAGCCUCUGAUGCUUAUUACAAGCAACAAGCGUACCAUAUGCUGAGUUCCCAGCUGAAGCUCUACAUUGGUUUUGAUCACCCGCCUGAGGACCUAGCUGCCCUAGUGAGACUUCAGGCGAACGAUUUAGCCGAAGGUAGACUAACUGCAGGUCCCGAUAUUCUGGAAAAAUCCGAACGAAGUGGCUCGAUUCCGAAGAAGACGGUUCAGGAAGAGACCCUGAAGAAGUUGCUGAAGGCCUGCAUUGUUGCUACAACCAUUCCGGACUUAAAGCAGACUGCGACUUCAUUCGUCGUGGACGUUUGCCGCCAUUUCACCAUCAUCGAAGUAGGACGAUCGCUCGCGCAAGCGAGACACGCUCGGAAGCCCUUCAAUGUUAACUCUGGAGAAGGUCCCAUGUACCUUGACACUCGAGUGCUUGCGGAUGCCCUUGUGGAGUGCUUUUCGUCAGAGCACCCUAGUGUCCGCGACGCGGCUAAAAGCGCUAUGCUUGCUACACGCGACGCGGCCGCUAUUCUCUUCGGUUCUCCGGACAAAAUUGCCAAACUGUCCUUUUUCUCGCAUCUCGCGCGGGUAUUCUGCCACAACUGUCAUGAGGAAGAGUGGUUUACAAAAGCAGGCGGAAGUCUGGGAAUCCAAGUCUUUGUUACGGAGCUUGAUUUGGGCACGCCAUGGUUGGUUGAUCGGCAGGCGGAGUUCGUCAGGGCCCUGAUGUAUGUUAUCAAAGACACGCCGACGGAUUUACCUGCCAGCACGAGGAUACAGGCGCAGGAUACGCUCGACAAAAUUCUUCGCAGAUGUCAAACUGGCGUGUCCAAAGAGGAUUUGAAGAAUGAGAAGAGCAGGCUUUCCAGCCUUUGCGGCUUUUUUAGCUAUGAACUCUCACACAUGAGCAAACACGUUCGCGAGACUUCUCAACAGGCUUUUGAGACUAUUGCCCAAGCUAUUGGUGCGGAGAAGCAUGAGCUUCUCGCUCCUGUAAAGGAUCGACUUCUACAACCGAUCUUUAAUAAGCCCCUUCGUGCUCUGCCGUUCCCUACAGAGAUUGGGUUCAUCGAUGCCAUCACUUUUUGUCUAGGCCUUCAUCAUGGAAUUGUGACAUUCAACGAUCAACUGAAUAGACUGCUGAUGGAAUCGUUGGCACUGGUUGAUGUCGACGAUGAAUCUCUCGCACCAAAGCCAAAUGAAUUCAAAACCGCAGAACAAAUUGUAAACCUCCGAGUCUCCUGUCUUCGUUUGUUGUCUAUGGCAAUGGGUUUCCCAGAGUUUGCGAGCGGCCCGCAGAAUACGGGCCGUGCGCGUGUCAUCGCUGUCUUCUUCAAAUCGCUUUAUUCUCGCUCGCCGGAGAUUAUCGAGGCGGCUAACUCUGGUCUGCGUGAUGUGUUGACACAGACAAAUAAACUGCCGAAGGAUUUGCUACAGAACGGCCUUCGUCCCAUCCUCAUGAACCUGCAGGAUCCAAAACGGUUGAGUGUUGCUGGCCUUGAUGGCCUAGCUAGGCUGCUCACUCUGCUCACCAACUAUUUCAAGGUAGAGAUUGGCUCUCGAUUGCUGGACCAUUUAAAGGUUAUUGCCGAUGAUAGCAUUCUCCAACGGGUAUCAUUUACGCUCAUUGAGCAGAGCCCAUCCAUGAAAAUCGUGGCGGCUAUCUUCAACAUUUUCCAUCUCUUACCCCCUGCUGCGACAACCUUUAUGGAGCAACUGGUGAACAAGGUACUGGCUUUAGAGGAAAAAUUGCGGAGGACCUCGAACAGUCCCUUUAGGAAACCGCUCGUGAAAUACCUUAAUCGUUACGCGAAGGAAACCUGGGAUUUCUUUCGCAUCCGCUUGAACGACGAACGAUAUGGCCGCUUCUUUGGCCAGAUACUGAUGAACCCGGAUAGCGAAGCCAUCCGAUCGGCUAUCGUGGCGGAGAGUGAUUCAUUAGUUUCCGUUGCAUUUGGACAGGAGUCCGUGGACAACAAAAAUACCACCGUCAUUAAUGCCAUAUAUGUCAUCUACGCUGUAUGCUUCCAUGAUCCAGCCAAGAGCUGGCUGAAAAACCAUCCUGACCUUAAACGACAUCUCAUGAACGCGGGGCGGGACCUCGAAAGCAAGCUUCGCGCCGACAAGUUGCCGCCUAACGAGCGUCUCCGGGUGGAACAAUGUGAAGGUCAACUUAUGGACAUUUUCUUGUCAUACUUGACUCAUUCGCUGCAGGACAUGGAUUUCCUUUUUGAGAUCGUCAAUAGAUUAUCUUUACGCGAACUCAAGACAACCCUGGCUUUUCCCAAAUUCCUUUACCAACACAUCAUCACAAAUGAAUCGAUUGAUUAUCGGCGUUCUCUUGUGAUGCGUUGUUUGGACCUGUACGGCCAGCGCAACGUGUCACAAAAGAUGAAAACUUAUGCAUUUCACAACCUCGUCAACCCCAUCUUUGCAAUGGACGUUAAGAACAUCUGGGGUCAGCAUUUUUCAUCGGGCCCGAGAUUAGUAGAUAAGGCGAUGACCGAAGCCAUCCACAAUAGACUCUGGAAGCCACAGCUAGGUGACAUCAGUGAAGAGUCCAGCCAGCCAGGCGUGGACCAUUCGCGCAUGGAACUUCUCCAGUUGUCCGCCUUGCUCAUCAAAUAUCACCAUACAAUCGUGCAGGAUACCCGCAAGGAUAUCAUCAAGUUUGCCUGGAGUUAUAUUCGCCUGGAGGAUAUUAUCAACAAGUACGGCGCCUACGUUUUGAUCAGCUACUUCAUCUCGCACUACGAGACACCGUCCAAGAUCGUGAUACAGAUAUACGUCGCUUUGUUGCGAGCGCAUCAAAACGAAGGCAAGGCGUUAGUGACGCAAGCUUUGGAAAUUCUAGCCCCUGUGCUUCCAAGGAGAGUAAAUUCAGGCGGAGAUUCGCGAUACCCCUUGUGGGCUAGGUGGCCCCGGCGGAUUCUGGCUGAGGAGACAGCGAACCUACAACAAGUCCAGAGCAUCUUCCAAUUUCUCGUUCGGCAACCAGAUCUGUUCUACGAAUCUCGAGAAAACUUCGUUCCACUUAUUGUCCCGUCUCUUAUCAAAAUCGCUGGUCCCCCGAACCCGUCCAACGAAAGCAAGAAACUGGCGUUAAACUUGAUUGGCUUGAUCUGGGCGUGGGAAGAAAGGCGUGUCCGAGAGGUUGCUGUGCUUCGAGCACCUGUCACAGAAGAGACACAGACAAUAUCAUGCACCGCCUUGGCACCGCCUACAGUGAGGGAGCGACCGGAAUACAUAGUUCCCCUUGAUCUUCGCACAGCCCUUGUCAAAUACCUUGUUACAUUUAUUUGUGGCCUUCCGGAACGGUACCGGGUCCCUGCGGCCAGGUUCCGGGAAAAGAGCAACUCACGGCCUGCACUCCCUAUUAUCCAUGGCGAGAUGAUCAAGAAGGCUAUGCAGCUAUUGACAGGUCUACUGUCCCCUGAUUACUGGGGGGAUUUGGAUAUCGAUUUGUAUCAAAAAGUGACGGAGCCGAUUCUCACUGGGGAUAAAGCUGACAAACCUGAUGAGAAGCACACGACGAACAUGAUCAAUGCUCUGCAGGUUAUUCGGAUCCUUCUCGCUUCUAAACCUAAUGAAUGGGUGGUAAACCGCUCCACACUCUUGCAAAAGUUGUUCGAGAAACCCCUGCGAUCAGACAAUCCUGAGAUCCAGGACUGUUUACACGGAGUCAAUGAUGAGACAGAUGCCGCACCAUUGCCACCACCAGUUAAGCAUGCUUUGGAUGCGAUGCCUGCGGAUGACCAUCCCGAAGAUGAGGAUGCGAUGGAUGUUGAUACUUCCCCUUCUGAGUUUGUUACGUACCUCUCCGCAAUCGCCACAGAAGCGUUAUCUGCCAGUAAUUACAUUGCAGCCAUUAACAUCCUUUGGACCUUGUCGAAGUGCAAGCCGGCAGAAAUCGAUCAACAUGUUCUUCACAUCAUGAAGAUAUUCUCACUAAAACUUGCCAAAGACCACGUUUCCGCGUAUGCAAAUAGUGGCAAUAAUAACUCAUCUAAUACCGCUGGAAAUACAGCCAAUAUGCGGCCUGGUGAACAGCAGCAUCCUUCACCUGAUGAUGCGGAGUUUGAAAUCGGUGUUGAUUUGAUUUCGAAGACUAUUGAUCUGCUUGCUGCAAGAAUGUCCAACCUGGGAGAACAGCGGAGGCCGUUCCUCAGCGUGUUAGCUCAGCUUGUCGAACGCUCUCAGGACAUCCGCCUCUGUACUAAGAUCCUGCGGAUGGCUGAAUCUUGGAUCUUCAACUCGACAGAGUCAUGGCCGACGCUCAAGGAGAAAACUGCAGUUUUGCAUAAGAUGCUCCUAUUCGAAUCCAGACCAGACCAGACACCCCUCAAGCAAUUUCUGGAGCUAGUCAUACGCAUCUAUGAGGAUCCCAAGAUCACAAGAACUGAGUUGACCGUUCGACUGGAACACGCUUUCCUCAUAGGCACACGAGCACAGGAUGUCGAAAUGCGCAAUCGCUUCAUGUCCAUUUUCGACCGUAGCUUGACGAGAUCGGCAAAUACUCGGCUCAGCUAUGUUCUCACGUCGCAGAAUUGGGAUACACUUGCAGACUCCUUCUGGCUCACACAGGCUUCCCAAUUGGUUAUUGGCUCGAUCGACAUGAGUACAACUGCUCGACUCCACCCAGAAGACUUUACUGUUUCGCCCACAGCAUUCCUAUUCGGAAGGUCAGACAAAGAUCCCAGAAAGGACAGCUUGAUGGUGGACAGCCAUCUAGAGUCUCUGUUCUCAGAUCAUAGGAAAUUCUGCCAGGAACUGGGCGAUGUCAAAGUUCGUGAUAUUCUUGAGCCCCUCUCGCAGCUUCAGCAUGCAGAUACCAAGGUUGCAUAUCGGAUCUGGGUAACCCUUUUUACGAUUUGUUGGUCUACGUUGAAUCGGGAUGAGCGGAGCGACUUGGAAAAGGGGAUGGUAACGUUGCUCACACGCGAGUAUCAUCGCGGCCAAAUCGACGACCGGCCAAAUGUUAUCCAGGCACUUCUCGAAGGAGUGGUUAGGGCCAAGCCACGGUUUAAGAUCCCGCCGCAUGUAAUGAAAUAUCUCAGUCGCACAUACGAUGCUUGGUAUAUUGCUGCGUGUGGGCUUGAGGAGUCGGCUAUUAGCCCACUGAUUGACACACCCGCCGUUCGUGAAAGUAACCUCGAUGCUCUAGUUGAGAUAUACGCUGGAUUGCAAGAAGAUGACUUGUUCUACGGCACCUGGCGCAGACGGUGUAAGUUUGUUGAAACCAAUGCUGCACUCUCUUAUGAACAGCAGGGAAUGUGGGAUAAAUCGCAGCAGCUGUACGAGUCAGCACAAAUCAAGGCACGUACUGGGGCUGUUCCAUUCUCGCAAGGGGAGUAUUUCCUCUGGGAGGACCACUGGAUUAUUUGCGCGCAGAAGCUGCAGCAGUGGGACAUAUUGAGCGAUUUCGCGAAACAUGAGAACUUCAACGAUCUUCUUUUGGAGGCGACUUGGAGAAACCUUGACAACUGGCAGGGUGAAGCGAAUCGUGAUCAGUUGGAUUCCUUGAUUAAAUCUGUUUCUGACGCCCCAACUCCUCGACGGACGUUCUUCCAGGCGUUCAUGUCCCUUCUCAAGUUUCAUGGAAAGCAAGAAAACCCUCAAGAUUUCAAUAACAUAUGCGAUGAAUCUAUCCAAUUAUCGAUCCGAAAAUGGCACCAGCUUCCUAAACGGAUUACAAAUGCACAUAUUCCGAUCCUUCAAAAUUUCCAGCAGCUAGUCGAGCUGCAUGAUGCCAGUGUUAUCUGUACGAGCUUGACGCAGACAAAUGAAAGGAAUCUAGAUACCAAGUCCGCGGAGCUGAAGUUGUUGCUUGCCACAUGGCGCGAUCGACUGCCAAAUGUAUGGGACGAUAUUAAUGCUUGGCAAGACUUAGUUACAUGGCGACAGCAUAUUUUCCAGUUAAUCAAUGGGACCUAUCUCAGCCUUCUCCCACAAUCAAAUACUGUGACGAGCAAUUCCUACGCUUAUCGAGGUUAUCACGAGACAGCCUGGAUUAUAAACCGCUUUGCUCAUGUUGCACGGAAACACCAAAUGCCUGAAGUGUGUAUCAACCAGCUUAGUCGCAUCUACACACUACCCAAUAUUGAGAUCCAGGAGGCAUUCCUCAAAUUAAGAGAGCAAGCGAAGUGCCAUUACCAGAACCCGAAGGAACUGAACAGCGGACUCGAUGUGAUUAAUAAUACGAACCUGAACUACUUCAACGCCCAACAGAAAGCCGAGUUUUAUACCUUGAAGGGCAUGUUCCUCGCCAAACUCAACCAUACCAAUGAGGCCAACGAAGCGUUCGGGGUUGCUCUAUACUACGAUCUGCGACUUGCCAAAGCUUGGGCUGAAUGGGGUCAAUACAGCGAUCAACGAUUCAAAGAGUCUCCUAAGGAACUGGAACUCGCAAGCAAUGCCGUCAGCUGCUAUCUCGAGGCAGCCGGCUUAUACAAGAGUUCCAAGUCAAGGAAGCUUUUGAGUCGCAUCCUUUGGCUGCUCAGUCUAGACAACGAAGAAGGGAAAAUCGCCUCCGCCUUUGAAAAUUUCAAGGGUGAUACACCUGUAUGGUACUGGAUUACCUUCAUCCCGCAACUGCUGACAAGUUUAUCCCACCGUGAAGCAAGAUUGUCCAAGGCAGUUCUCAGCAAGAUCGCCAAGUUAUACCCUCAAUCUCUAUUUUUCUUGUUAAGGACAUGUCGUGAGGAUUUAGUUUCUAUUCGCAAGUCGCAUGAGCAGAAACAGGAGAGGCUCAACCGUGCGAAACAGCAGCAAGCAUCCCCUAGCGUAAACAUCAAGGAUAGCUCACCAGAGUCGAAGCCUGGAACGGCGGGGUCCGAUGGUACUACAUCUAAUGGCGCAGCGGAUGCACAGGCUUCUCCUCGACAGCCUAAUCUUGGCCAAACUGGCCAACCCCGACCAAUCGGACAGCCGGGGCAAGCCGGACAACCAGGGCUAAUUGGACAACCAGGUGCACCGAACUCCUUGCAGCAAAAACCCGACCCAGAUACUGCACAAAAAGAGCCACUUAAGAAACCAUGGGAAUACGCAGAAGAUGUCAUGGCUACCCUUAAGACCGCGUUCCCUCUCCUAGCACUUUCGAUGGAGACAAUGGUCGACCAAAUCCACAAGAACUUCAAAUGCCCGCCAGAUGAAGAUGCAUACAGACUCAUCGUCGCAUUACUCAAUGAUGGUCUAGCUUAUGUUGGCCGGAUGCCUGCUUCGUAUGCACAAGACUUCAAGCUUCCACCGGCGACGGAAGGCAACAUUACCCGCUUUGCGGAGACCAUCCUUCCCGCUCAUAUCCGCAAGUCCUUCGAAGCUGAUUUCGUUGUCAAGAAACCGACGAUGCAUGAGUACAUCCACAAACUACGACGGUGGCGGGAUAAAUUUGAAGAAAAGCUUGAUCGACGGCCACACACCCAAUCCCUCGAAGCAUUCUCUCCUCACCUCAGUGAGUUCAAAUUCCUCAAGUUUGAUGAAAUUGAAGUGCCUGGGCAAUACUUGGAACACAAGGAUAAAAACCAAGACUUUGUCCGCAUCGAUCGCUUCCUGCCGAAUGUUGAACUUGUACGUGGAAUUGGUGUCUGCCAUCGACGUUUGAAAAUGCGUGGUCACGACGGCAGCUUACAUUGCUUUGCUGUUCAACAUCCUGCUGCCCGCCAUUGUCGACGAGAAGAGAGGAUUUUGCAGCUCUUCCGGAUCUUCAACGGCAUUCUCUCUAAACGGAAGGAGAGCCGACGCCGCAAUAUUUACUUUCAUCUCCCUCUCAUGGUUCCUCUCGCUCCUCAUAUACGUCUCGUUAAGGAUGAUCCGUCUUAUAUUUCACUGCAGGGAAUCUAUGAGGACCACUGUCGACGGACUGGCAUUGGCAAAGAUGAGCCUGUGCUAUUUACCAUGGAGAAGAUGCGGUCUCUGGCAGAGAUGAAACAAAAUGUGAGUGAUUCUGGGUCUCACCCGUUUACUGAAUUCUUUAUUAACCAUAAUGAACAGCGCACACCUGAACAAUCCUUAGUUUUGCGGUCGGAAAUCUUCUCUGCCAUCCAACAGAAAUGGGUCCCCAACACGAUCCUGCUCGAUUUCUUCCAGAAAACAUAUCCCAAUUUUGCUGAUUUCUGGCUCUUCCGUCGCCAAUUCUCCUAUCAAUAUGCCGCAGUGGCAUUUAUGACUUACACCAUGCACAUGACUAAUCGCUACCCUAACAAGAUCUCCAUCUCCCGCGCCACAGGGGACGUCUGGGGAUCCGAAUUGAUCCCCAACAUUCACACUGCCAAGCCCCUAUUCUUCAAUCCCGAACACGUACCUUUCCGCUUUACACCAAACAUCCAAACAUUGAUGGGCCCCUUGGCCACCGAGGGUAUCUUUGCCUGCGCAGUCAUGGCGAUCGCCCGCUGCCUUACUGAGCCACGGCAUGAGCUGGAGCAGCAACUUAGCAUCUUUGUCCGCGACGAAAUGAUCUUCUGGUCAACCGCGCAGCGCAGUUCGACAAUUGAGACCCAGCUGCGGGAAAUGGUACAGAGCAACAGUGAAUUUAUUGUCAACAGAGCUGUUAGCCUUGCGAGCCCACCUGAAGGAAACUUGCCUGCCAAUCAAUCUGUCAUUGAUCUUAUUUCGAGAGCAGUUAAUCCACAGAAUCUUGCGCAAAGUGACGCGUUAUGGAUGCCUUACUUGUGA